UCCCCCAAAAUGGCACCGGCACGCCAUGCGAUGGUGGAAUCCAUCACGAUAAAGCUGUCUCCGGGCAAGCUAUCCGAGUAUCGAAAUCUGUUGGCGCCACGAUACCGGGACCAUCGAGACAUGACGAAACGAUACAAAGUUACCGUUCCCUUCCCGCGAGACAGUCCUGUGACGCCAGCCAAACUGAAGCAACUUGUACUAGCAAGUGGACGAAUUCAAUUACUGCUCGAUGAGCAAUCAUCAAGCGACAAAACGAAACGUGCCAAACUAGCGCAAACAAUCGGGGAGCUGUUGGACGAGAUUGGACUGGCAGAAAAUUUGCCCAUCAUCCGGACGCUCGGUACCAUGCUGAACGCCAUCUUUGAUCGUAUCUACACCGGUGUACUGGUGAAUGAGGUCAAGCUGGAACAGCUCCGAUCGCGCUUCGGACGUCAAACGGUGCUCUAUCUGCCGAGCCAUCGGAGCUAUGGAGAUUUCAUUCUGAUGUCUUACGUACUGUUUUGCUACAAUAUUGCUAUCCCGGGUAUAGCGGCCGGGAUGGACUUUUACUCAAUGGCCGGUAUGGGUAGUGCGCUGCGCAAUACCGGUGCUUUCUACAUGCGCCGAACGUACGGUAACGAUCGUCAGUACUGGUACAUCUUUCGGGAAUAUAUGCGUCAACUGAUAGUGGCUUACGAUCGUGGAAUCGAGUUCUUUGUGGAAGGCACACGGAGUCGUAGCAACAAAGCACUUACGCCCAAAAUUGGACUACUGUCGAUGGCAUUGGAACCACUGUUUAUGGGCGAGGUGCCAGAUUUGCUCAUCGUUCCGGUGAGCGUAUCGUACGAUAGGCCGGUCGAGGAACAGCUGUUCGUGUACGAGCUGUUGGGCGUACCGAAACCGAAGGAAACGACCCGUGGACUGCUGAAAGCGUUGAGCAUUGUGCGGGAAAACUUUGGCACGAUCUAUCUCGAGUUUGGCGAUCCUCUGUCGGCGAAAGAUUACUUCGGCGAUGGGUUAAACCGUACGCGGCAUACGGUGGCGCCAACUUUUGCCCAAACGUUAGCCAAGGAAGAACGGGAUGCGAUACAAAAUCUGGCCAAUGAUGUGGUUCAUCUGCAGCAGCAUCGUAUGGUAUUGACCACGUUCCAUCUCGUUGCACUAUAUUACAAUUAUAGGAAGUAUCACGGACAAACGGUAACGCUCGAUGAGCUGGUUGACGGUGUAGCAAGACUGGGCCGUGUGUUUGAGGAUCUCGGUGCGAUUACAGAGGUAGAGAGGUGUGCCGAUGUGGAGCCGCUGUGCUUGGCUGCACUAGAUGUGCAUCGCAACAUACUGCAGCUUACGACUGAUCGUGUGCUAACGAUCGCUCGGACGCAUCACGACUUUAGUCGGGUGGAUAAACGAAAGCUGAAAGGAUACAAUCUCACAGACGGAGUGAUGAAGCUGGCGGUGCCAAUUUUCUCUCUGCAACUGUACUGCAAUCCAUGUCUGCACUGGUUGGCCGUCCCGGCAAUGGUACUGCUCGCUGCACGGAGUAUUAUAGACGAGUCAGGUGAUACUGCACUGCGACGAAGUCAUCUUGUCAGGCUAGUGCAAGAAUUGAGAAGCUUGUACGGUCUCGAGUUUGUGCUGUACGAACGUCGAGAGACGGUUGAAUUUGAUGCUGCGCUGGAUCAUCUUUAUCGUCAAGAAAUACUGCGGACGAAUCCAGCCGGGCAGGUGGAAACUUUACACUUCGUCGAGCCACACGCCGAACAACAACAGCUGGCUAAUGUGUAUCUAAGUGCGCUUGGUCCGUUCCUGUGCACUUACCUUCAGGCGAUAGAUGUGCUGCAGGAACAGUUUCGAGCUACGGAAAAAUUCACCGAAAAAGAAUAUCUUGCCGCGGCUCAGCAGCACGUGGAGCAGCAGCUAUUGCGACAGGAGCGCAACGUUCAUCCGUACUGUCUGUCGCUGGAUAGCAUUAGUCUCGCGCUGCACUCUCUAGUCACGGCCGGUGCAAUAAGAAAAUCGAAAAGAGAUAAUGUGUACUGUUACGAUCUUGGUACGGAUGGUAUGCUCGAGUCCAUAAAUCAACGACUAAAGCGCUACUGUACGCUGCUUCCCUUCGAAUACCUUACAUUCCAGGAUGCGGUAACGGGAUGUAAAUUGUAA